GUUCCGUGUCUCCAGUCUGCUUUGCUUCAAAAUGUGUUGCUUGUUGCUCGCAUAGUCGUACAAUCCUACAACCGGCUCGCCACUCAUCCUCAUCUUCGACAAGGUGGAAGUCACGUCAAGGCAGAGAUUUCUUUGCCAAAGAAGCUCGGGUCAAAGGCUUGAAGAGUCGGGCCGCAUUCAAGCUGCUUGAGCUAAAUGACAAGCACAAACUGUUCCAGCCCGGCCAAACCGUUGUCGAUCUGGGGUUUGCACCAGGAUCAUGGUCUCAGGUUGCUGUAAAUCGUACGCUUCCAGGCGGUCGUGUGAUUGGUAUUGAUCUUAUCCCUGCCCAGCCUCCACGAGGCGUCUCCACUCUGCAGGGCAACUUCUUAUCACCUGUCAUCCAAGCAGAAGUUCGAACUUAUGUUCGAGAUCCCGAAAUGGGUCGACCGACGAAACAGGCCCCAUCGAUGACAGGCGAUGGGCUUACUGAGGAAGAGCUAGAUGAGAUAGAGAGGGGGUAUGUUGAUAUGGAGCGACAUGCCCAUCUUGAACCCGAGGAGCCCGAGACGGCUGAACAUGCAGGCGAGGGCGGACAAGAAGCCAAAGUCUCUCCAACACGACUUUCAUUAAAGGAGCGAGACGUUCAAAAUGGGCGGGUAGUGGAUAUAGUGCUCAGUGACAUGUCAGAACCCUGGGAGCAGACAGUCGGGUUGCACAAGAAGAGCCUUAGUGACCCAUAUUUUAGGAUGAUGAACACCAGCGGCAACGCCUUUCGAGAUCACACAGGCAGCAUGGAUCUAUGCAUGGCGGCCAUGACGUUCGCUUUCGACACGCUGAAGACGGGCGGUCACUUUGUUUGCAAGUACUACAAAGGGUCAGAAGAGAAGGCGUUUGAGACGAGGAUGAAACGUCUUUUCGCUAAAGUGCAUCGGGAGAAGCCUGACUCGUCACGCGCUGAAUCCAAAGAGGCAUACUUUGUGGGACUGCGGCGCAAGGAGACGGCGACAAAGGAGGACGUCUUGGGUGAUUGACCAAGGCCGGACAUGUGGCUCUAGAGCAGGAACGGGGCAUGAAGCUUGGUUAAUCUCUAGUGUAUCUUCUGUAUCUGACUUCGGUCCGACGCAGGUGCAUGCUGAAGGGCCGGCUUCCAGAACAUGGCAUACCAUCCCAGCAACACUCUACUCUUUGCAAGACGUAUUCCAGGGCCGUGCAGCGACAUGUACAUGUAUACUUACGACGCAUGUUGAACCAAGUAUUGAGAGGGUUGAUGUUGAUGAGGAGUGACGAGCGGCUCCUUCCUGAUGUCCUAUCUACCCACACAUGCCGUCAUGGGCUAGAGCUCGCUUAGAGGGGCGGCAUGUGAGCCUAUGAUGGAGUUGGACUCGGUUGCCAAGCUCAUGUCGAAUACAGAGGAGGGUGUCGAGUGAGGCAAGAGGGUGUGGUAUAGCUAUAGCUAUAGCCAAGGUAGCAAUACCGAGCAAGGGGAGUAGGGUGGGUGUGAUUGGCGAGGUAAAUGGCACAUGUCCCGUUGAUUGUUUUAGAGCUCACUUGCAGCGGGCGUUCCCUAGAUGCCGGAUCGAGGCUGAGGGAACCUAUGUCGAUUAUUUUUGUGGGUCGAUGCAGCAGGGAUGGGAGUGUGAGUGUGAGCAUGUUCAGGGCCGGGCAUGGUUUGUGAUUAAUUUUGCUUUC